AUGGUCGACACAGACAAAAUCGUAGCUAUAUUCGUAGUAUUUGGGAUUUCAUUUUUCUUUGGUGUGAUCCCAAUAUGGCUCCUGAAGUUUUUAUCAAACAAAAUGGAGAAUAUAUCCCGCCUGCAUUACUUCGUGAGUUUGACGAACUGUUUCGCUGGGGGCGUAUUUCUUGGAACGGCCAUUCUUCAUCUUAUACAGGAGUCAAUGGAGACGGUUACUGAAGCUUUACCGGAAGUCAAAUUUCCGUUGUCAGGAGCACUCAUCGGUACUGGAUUUUUCAUCGUACUAGGAAUAGAACAUGCCAUAGGACUCUUCAGUAAAGAUGAGGACAAUCACCUUUUAGACCAUGGACACCAUAACGAACUGAAGAGUUACGAUCACGAAUAUCAAGCACAUGACUUGGAAGUGGUAUCACUAAAAGGGUCUUCAUUCGUUAAUGCAAACCCUUCUUUAAUACCUACAACACAGAGCGUCAACAACCAGUCGGGUAUCCGUCCGUCAGGGUACCAGAACACAGGGCAGACAGCAUUGUGUAAUGCUGAAAUGUCGCAGAAACCGACGCCUGUUGAAGUUAAAGAGAAGAAAUCAACAAUCAUUGAUACUUCCGGUGAUGGACGCUCUAAAACAACAAGACGGAUCCGAGCUGUAAUUCUCGUAAUCGCUUUGUCUAUACACAUGAUAUUCGAAGGUAUGGCGAUAGGGUUACAGGACACUGCCUCGAAUACCUGGACAUUGGUGGCCGCCAUAUCGAUUCACAAGGCUGUCAUUGUGUUUAGUGUUGGAUUGAAGAUGAAGGAGAUUGUGGAAGGAAAUCUCCGGAUUGUCCUAUAUAUUAUGUUUCUGUCGUUAGUGUCGCCCGUAGGGAUAGCAUUAGGACUUGCAGUUACAAGUACAGGUUCUGGAAACGAAUCUGUGCAGAACAAAAGUUCUGGGAUAUUACAGAGCCUGGCAGCAGGAACUUUCCUUUAUGUAACAUUUUUCGAAAUUCUUCAAAAAGAACUGUCCAAUGGAUACAGUUUGCUAAAAGUGUUUUUAACAUUCAUUGGGUUUGCUGCUAUGGCCGCCCUGAAGGUACUUGAUACUGACUAG